AAAAUGAGAAGGGGAAAGGUGGGCCUCACCCUGGGGGAGGACGAGAAGGAACUUCCCUCCCUGGAGCUCCACAGCAGCGCGCGCGCGGGCAGGGAGGCGGGAGGCGCGUCAAGGUCAGCCUGGACGGGGGUGGCAGCCUGCCGAGGGGCGGGAGACCCUCCGGAGGGGCUGGGCUGCUCCUCCUAGCGCCUCGGCCAUAUUGAAUAGCCGCGGCUGAGCUGUCUUUGUCUGCGAAGUCCUCUCCCAAGUUCCAGGCGCGUCCCUCGUGCCUGGGGCAGGAAGAGCCCGGGUCAGCCCGUGCGCCCCAACUUGGAGCUGGGACACCACUUUUGGAGCUUGCUGUGGGCUUUGAGCCUCAGGACUGACCUCACCCCGGCUCACGUAAGCAUCCUGGCAAUUGAUUUCCACCAGUCCUUAAGAGGGGACUCUGCCUUGAUCCAGAGAGGACUUGUUGCAAGCAGAGAAAUUGGGAGGUGUUGGCUCAUCUUCGGCUGGGGAGGUGAGACUCUCCGGGCAGUGCUGCUGGGACCUCCCACCUCCACUUCGACCCCCAAGACUAGGGGCUUCGUGUAGUUUGGGCUUGUUGCUCCCACCCCAGAUUUCACCCUGGAGAUCUUAAAGACCCUCGAGAAAAGCCACGUGGGGGGCUGGUUCCCCUGGGGCUUCCUCCCGUCGCCCGACUGCCUGAUCCUCUGGAGCGUCCCCGACGUCUGCAAAGAUGUGGAUUUGGACGUCCUCGUGGAAGCCUUGAAGCCUGUGGGAACCUUUAAGAAGAUCGGCAAGGUGUUCCGCAGGGAGGAGGACUCCACGGUGGGGAUGCUGCAGAUUGGGGAGGACGUAGACUAUUUGCUCAUCCCCCGGGAGGUCAGGCUGGCUGGGGGCGUCUGGAGGGUCAUCUCCAAGCCUGCCACCAAGGAGGCGGAAUUUCGGGAGCGGCUGACCCAAUUUUUGGAGGAAGAAGGCCGCACCCUGGAGGACGUGGCCCGCAUCAUUGAGAAGAGCACCCCUCACCCGCCCCAGCCCCCCAAAAAACCCAAGGAGCCCCGAGUGAGGAGGAGAGUCCAGCAGAUGGUGACCCCUCCUCCCCGGCUGGUUGUGGGCACUUAUGACAGCAGCAACGCCAGCGAUAGCGAGUUCAGCGACUUCGAGACCUCCAGAGAGAAGAGUAACAAGGGCCACAAAGGCUCAGGGCGUGGCAGGAAGGUACGCAAAAUGCCCGUAAGUUACCUGGGCAGCAAAUUCCUGGGGAGCGACCUGGAGAGCGAGGAUGACGAGGAACUGGUGGAGGCCUUUCUUCGCCGUGGGGAGAAGAAACCCAGUGCGCCGCCGGCCCGCCGCCGCGUGAACCUGCCGGUCCCCAUGUUUGAGGACAACCCGGGGCCCCAGCCAUCUAAGGCGGACAGGUGGCGAGAGUAUGUUAGCCAGGUUUCCUGGGGGAAGCUGAAGCAGAGGGUGAAGGGUUGGACCCCGAGGUCCAGCCCAGGAGUAGGCGAGGCCCAGCAGGCCUCUACCAGGGUGGAGAGAGAUGGGGUGCCAGGAAGUGCCAGCUGGGGGGAUAAUAUGGGGAAUGCAGGAGAUGGGCCAGAGCCUGAGGCCCCUCCAAGACGAUGGAGGCCCAAGAUCAACUGGGCCUCAUUUAGGAGGCACAGGACGGUGGAAGCAGCAUCUGCAGUUCAGGGGACAGAGGCUGCAGGUAAUCAGAGAGAAGAGGCUGCAGAUGACCAGAGGGCAGAGGCCAUAGCUGACCCGGGGGCAGAGGCUGCACAUAAUGAGAGGGCAGAGGCCCCGGCUGUCCAGGAAGCUGAAGCCUUAGCUGCCUCGGGGGCCACAGGAGCCACCCCAGGAGUUAGGGCCCGAAAACAGGUGAAGACAGUGAGGUUCCAGACCCCUGGGCGCUUCUCGUGGUUUCGCAAGCGCCGGAGAGCCUUUUGGCACACUCCCCGGGUGCCAACCCUGCCCAAGAGAGUCCCCAGGGCAGCCGAAGCCAGGAGCCUCAGGGUGCUGAGGGCCGAGGCCAGAGCAGAAGCAGAGCAGGGCGAACAAGAGGACCUGCUGUGAGGUGCUGGCAGGGAAGCCAGAGCACCCGCCGCCACCCACUAACUUAUUGGCCACUCAGGACGCAUCCCUCCCUCUCCUGCCCUUGGACGGAGAUGAUCUUUCUGCCUCCACACCUGAAAUGGGAGGUCGAGUGAAGGCCAGGCAGUGCCCCUCACCUGUCUACCUAGCACCCCUUUUCAUGUUAAAAUUUUAUCUGUCAUGCAUUGAUUUUUAAAAGUCUUUCUAGUAACCCAAGGAAUGUAAAGAAGGAAAUCUGUACAAUGGGGUUGUGUUAAUUUCCUCAAAAGCAACUCCAGGUGCUCAGCUUGAAAAAGGGAGCGAGGGCAGGGAGAAAUGCCUCUCUUCCCCUUUCUCAUCUCCCUUUCUCCUGCACACUUCACAUUGACUGCCUCCUUGAAUUUACAAAGAGGGCACAAGCCAACAUGCAAAUAAAAAUGUUUACAAACUUA